CGCUGUCGUGUUCGUCUGCUCGACUGUCAAACACAUUUUCUUCGAGAAACAUGGCCGCAUCUUUAAAAACUUUGAGCGGCCUUGCUCAAAACAAAAGUUUGUUGAAUUUUGGUGCUAGGCAUGCCAACUUAUUCGGCUAUGGAAUUAUACGAAGCAACCACAUCAUCCAAAAGGAAAAUCCAGAGGAAAAAAUUGUCAUGGCUGAUAAUGGAGACACAAUUGUGUGCUGGCAUCCCCAACAAAAAUUCCCUUACGAAUGUAGUCUUCCCAUGCCAACAAAGACAAUCGAUGUAAACCAAGUUCUCAGGUCAGAACAAGAAGACAUAGCAGAAAUAUUUCAUUUCGAGAAGCCACAGCAGCAAAGGGAAUAUUUAAUGAAGAUGACCGCCACAACCAAACAUCGUUGGUUCCCCAGGCUAGGAAAGAAAUUUGGAAAGAAAAAUAAGCCAGAUCGCGAAUUUUUGUAAUGCAUCGUGAAAAAUGCGUGUAGUUAAGUAAAAAAAAAUAAAAAAGACAAAACAAUGA